UCUCCCCUCCUCCCCUUACACACGGAAGCUCCUUGGCCCCCGUGCCAGGAUGUCCGACACCUGGGUCCCCGGCCUCGUACCCACUUUGCUGCUCGGCCUCCUGGCCGGCCCCCACCAGGCUGCUGCCAGAUGUGGACUCUUCUUCACCUGCCCCAAAGGAUUCAAAUGCUGUGGGGAUAGCUGUUGCCAAGAAUAUGAGCUCUUCUCCGGCCCCCUGAGGGUCUUCGUCAUCACCGUCCUCAUCAUUCUACCCCUUUUGUGCAUCUGCGGCCUGGCUAAGCGGUUCUGUCGCAGCUGCGGAGAACAGGAGCAGGACCCCCCAGUGGAUCACCAGGGGCUCCCGGAGCCGCCCUCCAUUGUCCCCCCAGAGAGGGUCAGGACGCCCACCUUUGAGCCCCCGCCCCCCUACAGCGAGAUUAUUCUGAAGCCCGUCCUGCCCCCCAUGGAGCCGCCCCCUCCCUACAGCUUCAGUCCUGAAGAAUAUACCCAGGUGCGCAGGGGCGUCGACAACCCAGCCUUCUGAGCCCCGGCCACCUGCCAGGAACUGCAGCAUCGCCCCCUCCCCACCAACACCUCCUGGGCUAAGCCGGAGACUCCUGGGACCCCUGUGAUGCCCCCAUCCAUCCUGCCAUGUCUCUGGCUCUUCUUGGUUUUAACUUAUUGCUUUUCCUGUCCUGGUUCACCUCAGCUGCCUCUCUCCUCCCAAGAGCUGGUCCCGAGUGUCAGCGUCCCCCCGCCCCCCUCCAUCCCAUGUUAGAGGCUGCUAGGAGAAAAAUGUCAACCCUUGAGGCACCUAACGGUGGAAUGGGCUACUCUGAGGAGUGGAGAGAACCCUGUUUCUGGAGGGUAUACACAUCUUGCCUGGACAGCCAGCUCUGAGAGAUUCUAGAGGGCACUGCUGUGCCACGGGAGACUGAUUGGACUGCGUGGGCUCUAAGGUCUACCUGAAUAGGGAGGACCCCGUUGAACCCUCCCCUCCUCAUGUGUACUCACUAAAUUUUAG